AUGAGCGAGAGAUUGGCGGCUACUUUCGCCUUCUCUUGCAGUCUUCUGGCGCUUCUGGUUUGCACGAUUACUGUACCAAUUUUGGUAAACAAAGUAAAUGAGAUCACAAGGGAUGUGGAGAAUGUAAGUUGGCAAAACAUGGAGUUGUAGACGUCAUAGGAUAUCUCGGAGUUUGAUAAGAUACAAUCAACUGUUUGGCAGAGAAGUAAAGAGCUGAAAAGACCGUACAUCCAAGAGAGAGUGCAGAGACAGGCAAGAGGAAGUGAAUGCUGUAGGUGGACUCGAUUACAGCAUGAGUUCUAAUGAUUUUUAGUCUGCGAAGAGCAAAACAAAUGCCCUCCAGGACCUGCUGGAGAGCCCGGCCCCCCAGGCCAUGACGGCCAAUCUGGUCUUCCUGGAACACCUGGAGUUUCUGGAAUGGGUGGAAACCAACCGACAGUUCAGCUGGAUCAAGAGCAAAACUGUCGGAUGUGUCCGAUGGGACCUGCAGGGUAUCCAGGUCCUGCAGGCCCUCAAGGAGAAGAUGGGCUGCCCGGGAUGCAAGGAAGAGCAGGAUCGCCAGGAACUAAUGGACCUCCUGGAUUACCUGGUAGACCGGGAGAACCUGGGACAGUUGGAGUGUCCGGCUCACCUGGCCCAGCUGGAAAUCCUGGAUUAGACGGAUUUCAGACUAGCAAUGGACUUCCUGGACCUAAAGGUAGGUAUUUGAGCUUUUACAGUCAAAGUUUGCAUGGUGUUUUUUCAUAUGAUUGUUUUAGGCUAUCCCGGAGACCGUGGACCUCCUGGAUUGGAAGGAGUCGCCGGAAUGCCCGGCCAAAAUGGCGUCCGAGGCCCUCCCGGCCAUCCUGGCCCACCCGGCGACGAAGGAGAUCCAGGACUCCCUGGAGUGAAGGGAAUGCAGGCAAUGAAUCAAGGAAUCCCAGGGGCUGAUGCUAAUUAUUGCCCUUGUCCAACGAGAACAGGACCUGAAACACCGGCAGCCACAGAAGAAAAGGUAUAUCAAAGAGAAAUUGAGACAAAUCAAGAGGCGUUCCCCGAAGAUGACGCUGAAGACGAUCAGGAUAUUGAAGCCACUGUUUUGGCUGAGAGUUCGAGGAAAACACAAAGAGUAAAGACUGCGAAGAAGAAGGAGGUAGAAAGCAAAGAAAAAAUGAAUGAGAUGGAAAACAAAGAGGAAGAAAAAAGUGAUAAAAGUUCGGAAGAUAAGGGAAAAAGCGAAGAACCUCGAAAAUCAUCCAUGGAAGAGAUGGAAAUGGCCAAGGACAAGAUGAUGGCGGAUGAUAAAAAAAUGGGGAGAAGAACAAAUCCCAUGAAAGUGAUGAAAGACACUGUGCAAGAGAACAUGGAUGACAGUAAAAUGGAAAAUGAUGACAAAGAAGAGGAGAAAGUGAAGAAUAAUGACAAGAGGAUUAUGAUUGGGGCCCGAAAGGGGAAAGUUGUCAUAUUGGAGGUCGAAAAGCGAUCUGAGGAAAUCACAGAAUCUCCAGACGUCCGGAGAAGCCAGACUUACAAUUUGGAGAAGUAA